UUGGUCAAAAUACAAUGAUUUUCGCUGAUUGGUCAGACGCCCUGCACUUACACAAGCUGUUUCAAAACAUGACUUGUGUAAGGUAAAAGAAAACCACAAUCAAAUUGUAUCAUUCUUGAGGAAAGGUGGAUGCUCUGAUCAGUUACGACGACACAUAUCUACUGCGGAAAACAAUCAUGUGGUGCUGGUUUCUUCUGGUUGGCCUGUACCAUGCUGCUCCCACCCAGGGGUCCGAGCCCCUGUUUCAGGAUGUAACCCAGUAUGUGCUGCCUCCAGACAGGCUGCACAACCCAACACAGCUCAACUAUGGGAUGGCAGUAACAGAUGUGGAUGGGGAUGGGAGUCUGGAAGUGGUUGUGGCAGGGUACAAUGGUCCUAACCUGGUCUUCAAGUAUGACAGUGCUCAGCAGAGACUUGUAAACAUAGCAGUGGAUGACCCUAACUCCCCUUACUACGCUUUGAGAGAUAUACCCGGGAACGCCAUUGGAGUCACUGCUUGUGAUGUGGACGGAGAUGGACGUGAAGAAAUCUACUUCCUGAACACAAAUAAUGCAUAUUCUGGAAGGGCAACUUACUCUGACAAGCUAUUUAAAUUUCGCAAUGGGCGUUUUGAAGAUCUAUUGAGUGAUGAGAUUAAUGUUCGUAGAGGUGUGGCUAAUCGCAUGGCAGGGCGUUCAGUGGCUUGUGUUGACAGAAAGGGAACAGGGAGGUAUUCAGUCUAUGUUGCAAACUAUGCCAGUGGAAAUGUUGGGCCACAUGCUCUGCUAGAAAUGGAUGAGACCGCGAGUGACGUGACCAAAGGAUCUAUAGCUCUCUCUGAUGUAGCCGCAAUAGUUGGAGUCAACAAAUUCACAGGAGGCCGUGGUGUUGUGGUUGGACCCAUCCUGAACCAGGCGAGGUCUGAUGUGUUCUGUGACAACGAAAAUGGACCAAACUUCCUCUUCAAGAACAAUGGAGAUGGUAUAUUUGUGGACAUGGCUAAAAAAGCAGGUGUGGAGGAUAGGUACCAGCACGGCAGAGGAGUGGCUCUGGCUGACUUCAAUGGUGAUGGAAAGACAGACAUUGUCUAUGGAAACUGGAACGGACCACACAGACUUUAUCUACAGGGCAGCAAUUCAAACUUCAGGAACAUAGCUACUGGAGGAUUUGCCAGUCCCUCACCAAUUCGAACGAUAAUUGCUGCUGAUUUUGAUAAUGACAAGGAACUUGAAGUUUUUUUUAAUAACAUUGCAUACAGAGGCAAUGCACCUAACAGAGUUUUCAGGGUCUCCAGACAAAUCAAUGCAGACCCUGUGAUUGACGAACUAAAUGUGGGGCAAGCUGCAGAGCCACAGGGAAGAGGAACAGGAGGCACAGUCACAGACCUAGAUGGUGAUGGACGACUGGAGCUGUUUAUUGCACACGGAGAGAGCGCCCAGCAGCCAAUAUCUGUUUUUAAAGUCACACAGGGCUCGUCCAAUAACUGGCUGCGGAUCAUCCCCCGAACUCAAUUUGGGUCUUUCGCGCGUGGAGCCAAAGUGACCGUGUUCACCAAUCAGAGUGGAGCUCACACACGCAUCAUUGACGGCGGCUCAGGCUACCUCUGUGAGAUGGAGCCUGUGGCACACUUCGGUUUGGGAGGUGAUGAGGUAAAAGUCCUGGAAGUGUCUUGGCCCAAUGGCACAACAAUGACUCGUGCUCUUCAGCCUGGAGAAAUGAACUCAGUGCUUGAAAUCGCUUAUCCGAGAGACGGAGCAAUGUCGGUGUUGGCAAAUGACACACAGUGUGGCCAAGGUUUUAUUGUCAAGAAUGGUCAUUGUGCAGGUAUUUGAAGAUGAGAUCACUAAGAUGAAGAUAUAUAUAUAUAUAUAUAUAUAUAUAUAUAUAUAUAUAUAUAUAUAU